CCAGCGACCCGCGCCGCGCUGCCCUAGUGCCCUGCACGUUUGCGCCGCCGCCAGUUCGACUCGCCCGCGCCUUAUUCCCCCCCGCCCCCCACCCCCGCACCCUCUCUCCCACCAUUCUCCUUCACGUCACCACCUGAGGCUUGUCUAUGUUCUUCUCCAAUCGGAGGCACCAGCUCACUCCUCACCCCUCCCUCUCAAUCUCUCCCCUAGAGCAAACCCGCUUGCAGCACUUCCAAUUAAUCCAGCGCCUACCUUGUCCCCAUCGGCAAAAGCAACAGGCAGGGCCUCAUCUCCCACAAGCCACUUCUCUCCCUACGAAUUUCCUAAAAUACAAGCAGCUCCAGCCGCCUCUAAUCCACCAGCACCAACACGUGCCCCUCCAAAUCCAAACCCUCCACCAAUCAGAGCAGCGCUAUUGGUCUGUGGUAAAAGAAUUUCUUAAUUGCUGUUUCUUGUUGGUUCUCAUGUGGAAUUUACAGAUAUAAAGUGUAUUACGAUGGGCAAUAUGUGUAAAGGUAUAACUUGAUAUAUUGAUUGCUUUGUGUGAUAUUUGUAAAUUCUGAGAUCAUCUUAUGAAUUUGUGUCUGUUAUUGACUAAAAGUGCCUUAGGAACUGCUGGCUAUGCUGCAGAAAACACUGUUUCACACUUCCACUUAACCUGCUAGCUUGUUGAUGUCAAUGGAGCAUUUAGGUUGGAAUUACUACUAUGAUUGUGAUAUUUUUAGUUCUUAUCAUGUUAGGCCAGUUGAUUGCUUGGUUCAGUGAGGCAAGUUAUUGGGUGGCGCUCACAAGCCCUACGAUCUCCUAUUCGUUAGCAGCUCCUUGUUGUUAAUCAUAUCAUACAUACAGCACUGUGUGGGAGUGGGAGUGAAGUAAAUGAUCAGUUACUUAUGGGCUUAUGUUUGUGUGUGAGAAAGGCCAUUUUACUAUGUUAGAUAAGCCUGUGACCAGUGUUCUUUUCAUGUCUCUGUUCUCUCUCUCUGGUAUGUCAGUGAUGGACUCCAUUUCCUCUUAUUUGUGCAAUAGGGUAGGCGACUAAAUUUCCAUGCAAGAUUCUGUCAGUUCGUUCUUAUUUUGCUAAUUAUUGAUGUAAUUCAUUCAUUGUCAUAGGGUAAAUUUGCAUUGGAGCUGCAUUUGAUCCUCGGAGAUGAUGAAGAGUCUUUUCUUGAUAGGAUGGUUUCCCAGCUUCGGUCAACAUGCAAGUGCACUUAUACACAUCAUCUUGAUAAAGUACUGGAAGAGGCAGCUGCCACAUUUUAUCCACAUAUCAAGUUUGUCAGAGUCGAGUGCCCAAAGUAUCCAGGGUUUUGCCUCACAAGGCAAAGGAAUGAAUAUCCAUUUGUUGAAGUAUUUUACAAUCCGGAACAGGCUGCAAGCCAAGGAAAGAGCGUGGAUCCUAACAUCACCAAGUAUUCUGUAAAAGUGCUACCCUUCAACUAUGAUCAGAGCGUGUAUGGAUUUCGGGAAUAUUUCAAGAUGCAUGGUUUCAAGUAUUCUGAAACAAACUAAUUCUGCCAUUAGGAAUCUGUGAUGAGAGAAGGUCUAGGGAGUUAACAUGGAGGCAUUCCUUGUCAGAGUUGAACCGUGGGGCUUUACUGGUCUCUUUCCUAGUUCGAGGAAUGCCUGCCAUGUACUCAUGUUAGGGUAUAGUCCAGGCCUUUAGAUUAGCACAGCAAUACCAAAUGCGUGCUGAGCUAUCGACCUUCAUUCCGGUAAAUUAAACAUUUACCCAACCACAACCAGGAAUGAGUAUAUUGCACGUCUUUUUUCGAAUGCGAGUGGUUUGCUAUGGUGUCAUAUUAGUUGGAGGUGGCAGUUUUUAUAGCGCAGACUGGCAAAGUUCCUGGACAAUAUGAUGCCGUUAUAUUGUAAAAGAAAUAUCGGGGUGACUAGUUGCUGCAUGUGGAUCCGAUUGAGAUUUGUUCCUAGAAAUACUCUAUUUAAUCAUAUCCUGAUUACUUUAUUUCAGAAAAGUAAAAUCUCUUUUCUAAGCCUGAAAGAAACCCGGGAACUAGGGUAGCAGUGUGAUGGCCUGUUUGGAUGGUGGCUGCAGUUUGUCAUUCCCCUAGUUAGGUGCGCCACUGAGAUAGCUUCCAGAUCAAGGAGCAGCGAAGCGGAGCAGAGCAGAGAAGCGCGGGGGAGGAUGGAAGAAGCGCGGCACGGUUACAGCCCGCUCGCCGCCGCCGACGAGGCGGCGAUCCGCGGCGCCACCAGCGAUGGCGACGACGUCAAGCUGAGGCUGCUCGGCUACAAGCCGCAGCUCAAGCGCGACCUCUCGUGAGUAGUCUCUUCCGCCUGCUCCCUGCUGCUCCGGCGUCGCCUCUUGCUCGGGCCGCCCACCGAUCGAUCCUUCUCAGUUUCUUUUUACCUUUACCUACACUACUCUUUACGAGAAGAAUUUGCUCCGCCGGCCAUACUAAGUUCUUUUCUUUGCCGGAUCUUGUGUGUUCCGAUGCGGCCGAUGAGUUUGCUUGCUAGUUGCUACAGCACUUGCGUUCGUCUCCCCGUUGACCAGGAAUCUCUUGCUUGCGGGUUUAGUAAACUUGCUGGUUUGUCCAAUGUUUAACCCUCCCAAAACAAUUGGGUUCCACGCAAUCAGCAGCAAAAUAUCGCUGCCCGAGGUCAGUCCCUCGGUAUCAACAUACCCCUCAGGUCACGCAAAAAUACAGAUCAACAUACUCCUUUUGAUUUUCCGAUAGAUUGUUUGGGUUGGUAGCUCAUGGGUUCCCUUAUCUUUGUUUCUCCGUUUCACUGGAUCAAAGAUGGUAGUACCAUGUAGAAGGACAGCUCUUUAAGUUUUGGUCGGGAUUGAUAGCUUGUCAGGCAGCCACGUGUGUACUUGUACUAAUAGGAAAAUAGCCAAAGCAGAGACCAUGGCAAUUUGAAUGGAGCCUUUUACACCUGUUUUGUUUGUUCAUUCACUACGACCCCCACGGUCUACGACGGACUUGUCCGAUCCUUUUUUCUUAGGGUUGGGCGAGGCGGACGCGGCUGACCCCUCAUUGUUAGGAUCAGGCGAGGCUGACUCGUCCGAUCCUUUAUCCUUCGGGUUAGACGAGACGGUCGUGUCUUCCCCCAAUACUUCAUGUUGGGCUGUCGAUGCCCUUCCAUUCCGCGGUUAUUUGACUGUUUAGCUAGCCUAACCCGAAUAUUUUGAAGGAGCUAAUCCACAUAAACCUUUCUAUAAGAAGCGCUCUUUGGGGAUGCAUAACACUUGUCCCCCGACAUAGAGCCUCCGAGCCCUGAAUUCUGGCUCCGCCGCUGCAUGAUUAUCUAGGAGUACAGUGCUACGGCAGUCCGAUUCGCAGGGGUGAAAUCUGCAUCCCGUCCCUGCCGCCAGGGACAGACAAACUGGUCAGUGUACAACGCACCUGAGCGAUGGGCCCCGGAGGCCGAGCGGCGCCACGUCUCGAUCGCGGGACCGACGUAACGGCCCCCUUCCUGUCCCUCUCACCUGCCUGCCCUCACGGAAACCCCUUUCCACACCUGCCUGGGCUUCCACGCCACUGUUCUGCGGCCGUUGACCUCCGGGGCCCAUGGUCGCAGGCGCCCAUCCCAGCUGCGCGGGCCCGGGAUGUCAUGGAGGUGCAGCCUCGGGGGGGUCGCGAGGGGUUGUAGCGGCCCGCUCCGCGACGUCACGGGCGUACGCGUGGAAAGCGACCGGCGUAGGGCCCGCCCGCCAGCGGGCGUGCGCAAUUGGAUCGCGGAGCUCGGCGUGCGCACCGCUCGCACCAUCACUCGCACCCCACGAAUUACGGAAAGGCCCCUGCCGCCGCGGACCAAAACCCCAGAGCCCCCACCCGACCACCGAGCAGGAGAGGAAGAGGAGACGACCGAGCAGGAGAGGAAGAGGAGACGACCGCGCAGGGCAAUGCCGUCCACGCGCGCACUCCGGCGGCUCGACCUGCGGCGGUCGCCGCCGGUCCGGCCGAGCCCGCAGGCGGCGGCGGCGAAGAAGGAGGAGGCGAGCCCGUGGCCGCCGUCCUCGUCCUCCGCCUCGUCGUCUUCUUCCUCGGCCUCGGCGCCCCCCAGGCACCCCGCCGCCUUGUCGGCUGCUGCGCCGAGGGGCGGAUCGGCGGUGCGCGUGUACCCGCUGCGGGACUUCCCGGGCACGGACGCGGCCGCGCUCUGUGGCGCGUUCCGGGACAACGUGCGGUGGCUGCUGAAGCAGUGGGGCUCCGCGCCGGGUUCCGGGUCGGCGUGGCGUGCGCUGCUCUCGGACGAGCGCACGGGCGCCGUAGUCCCCAUUGUAGCCGUGGAGGAGCUCGCCGCGGCGUCGCCCGCGCCAUUCUGCGACCUCUGCCGUUGCGCCGGCUGGAGCCACCACUGGGUGUCAAAGCGGAAGUACCAUUUCAUCAUUCCUGCAGCAGUCGACUGGGACCAGCCAUUCAGGGCUGAUGCGUUGCUUGGGCGCAGCGAUCACCUCCUACAUGGUCUGAUCCAUAGUAAUGGCUUUGGUCACCUUGUCACUCUCCGUGGUUGUGAUGGUGGCUCCACUUUUCUAUCUGGCUGCCAGAUCAUGGAUCUAUGGGAUCAACUUUGCGCUGCUCUCCGUGUUAGGGCCGCGUCUGUGGUGGACUUAACCCAGAAGCACUCUGUGGACCUACGCCUUCUGCUUGGAGUGGCAAACGGUGAGACAUGGUUCAGUCGCUGGGGUUACUGCCUCGCCAAGGGCUGCUUCAGUGUUUCUGUGUCCACUUAUUCUGCUGCACUUGAAGCCCUGGCUGCCCUGCCUGUUGAUUAUCUCCGCAGCCGUCAUGUCCGCCGUGUGGUCAGCAUCUACCGCCGCCUCUCCGACAAGCCUCUGGCCACUGUCCGUGAGUUCCUCCGCUGCCUCCUUGAUUGGAAACACCGCGAGGCCCCACUUUCGCCACCUUCUGUGAAGACAUCCCCACGGCUGACGUUCUUGCUGCCAAAGUCAUGUGUCGUGAAGAGGCUGAGGCAGCCAUACCAGCACUUUGAGGAUGUUGUUGACCUGCUCGAGUGUCGGUGGUCAAAGAAACGGUUGCUCGAUGCUGCAGAGGUCGUUGUUGAUAAGCUGCGGGAGCAUGCCAAUGGCACAAAGAUUUCACGACAGGCUGUACGAGAUGCUGCCAGGGGUGCCAUCGGUGACACUGGUCUGCUUGACUUUGUCAUCAAGUCCCUUAAUGACACUGUUGUUGGUAACCAUAUUGUGCGUCGUGUGCCUGACCCUGAGAAUCGUGUGCUUCACUUCAGUCUUGAGGAAUAUGCUGAGCCUGAGCCUGAGCCACAGCUAGAGCCUGACCUGGAGCCAGAGCCAGUGAAACUUGAUUCAGAGCGCACCCCUCAUGCGAUCCGAUGGCCAAGCACGUCAGAGGCAGAGCGGGAUCUGCGUGCUGUGUACCGGGCAAUGGUGGAGGCACGCAGUGAGGCAGCACAGGCUGUGCUGGACUGCAAGCACUGGGUGAAAUGGUGGGGCCUCAGGGAUGAGUCUGAUGACCAGCUAAGGUUCCUUGUUGAGUGGCGACCGCAGCCGUGGGAGGCUACUGAACUUACAAGGCCAAUGCCGCCAGGGGAUAUUGUGGUGGUACCACUGCAUGCGUCCAUAGGUGAGCUGCUUAUCGAGGCAGAGCAUGCGCUGCGGGAGACAUACUGCUUCUUUGAGGGAUUCCAGGCUGAGUCACUGGAUGGCAUUGCUGGGGAGAAGUGGGAUCCGGUGAUGCUUGGUGGAGCAGAGUCUGGUGACACGAUCGGCGUGCAUGGCCAUGGAGUGGACAUGGAGACUGGGCUGCGGUGCCAGGGAGGUACGGAUGCAUGGGAUGUCCAGUGUGUCUGUGGUGCACAAGAUGAUGAUGGGGAACGCAUGGUGGCAUGUGAUGCAUGCAAUGUCUGGCACCACACACGCUGCGUCGGCAUUGCGGAUGGUGCGCCUGUGCCACCAUUAUUUCUCUGCAUGUCCUGCGGUGGCGCGCUCAUGGCUGCUGGACCAAUCCUGGAUGAGGCACUAACGGUACCUAAAGUAAAGUGACAAUUCUUUCGCCCCUUUCUUAGUUCUUACAUCCUUUGGUUCAUAUGUUUGACUGUGGUGAUCUGACAAGGUAAACCAGUUCUGAAACUGUGAGAUCCUUUUUGUAAAGUGUGUUGGUGUAGAAGUAUGUAGUUAGUUUAGUACUGAUGCAGUAAUAGCAGAUGCUAUCUGUAGAGAAUUAGUAGGGGAGAAGAGGGACAGUGGAAAGGAAGCCCUAUCCAUGUAGUUAGCAAUCCGACUGGAAAUUUUGUACCUCAUACAUUAGAGGCGAUGGUGUUGUAAAUAGCUGUUCUGUGAUUGCACCUUUCUACUGUCUCUGAAUCUUGGCUACGAAGUUAAACAUCUUGUUCACUGUGUUUUGAUAAUGGCCCUAGUUGGUGGCUAACAGGGGUGCAUGGUCCUCAGGAAGGCGAAAGAAAAGUUCAGUUUCUUCAA